GUGACGUGGGUCAGUGACGCAGGUUCGCCCUCCAUCACCGGUCGAGCCCACUGACAGAAAAAACACCACCUACAAACCAAGUCAGUCCUCAGGAUUUAUGGAAAUAUGUAGCUAGCUCGCACAGUUCAGUACAUUUCGACAACAGGAGAUUCAGUGGAGCUGCGCUGUUACAUGGAAAGUUAACAUGGGUGGCCUUGAUGAUGAAGAUAUGCAAUACGUUGUGAACAAACAAAAACAAGACGAAGAGCUGAAGAACAAGCUGAACGACAGCAGUCUCUGGUGUGACCAGGAGUCCACUGGCAACAAUGCCAAGUGGCUCAAAGAAGGCCAGAACCAGCUGCGGAAAGUAGCCGAGAACCACCAGGACCACAACUGCAACAUCAGUCAGAAUGGGAACAAAGAUGACUUCCCUCACCAGAACACCGUUCAGGAAGAGCAACAGGGCAACGAGGAGCAGACCAAGUCUCCCAAGAUAGCAAUGACUCCUGGUCUCAGCCAGGAGGAGUCCAAGAACAUCCUCAAUCAGCCGCUACUCAUCAAUAAUCUGGAGUCUACAGAAGAGAAGGAGAGAGAAGAAGAUGUCAAAGAGAAGGACAAGGCAUCAGAGGAAGACGAGGAGACCUCCGGUGAUAUCGGAGGAGAGAUGGCGACAGAAGAACCGAUUGAUGUGGAGUCUGAGAGGGAGGGCGGUGUUGUUGGGAGAAAUCCCUGCCUACUGUUCUCCAACAUAAACGGGACACCAAAUGAUGAGGAACCCAGCUGGCCUGCACUGUCUCAGGACAACCCAGCUGACUGCUCUCCCAAUGGCAACAGAGAGUCCUUUUGGGAUUCCAGUGCCUUUGAGACGGACACGGACCUGCCUUCAGGAUGGAUGAGGGUUCGCGAUACAUCCGGCACGUACUACUGGCACAUCCCCACAGGCACCACCCAGUGGGAGCCUCCUUCAGCCCAGGGGAAAGUGGGCGAUUCCACGAUGUCCUCGACCAUGUCCCUGGAGACUACACCCUGUGAGGAGACUGAGGAAUCCUGGGCUCAUCUCUCCAGUACAGAUGAAGGAGUCGGUGAAGGGGAAGUGUGGAAUGAGGAGGCUGAGGUUGCAUCUGAUCAAAGUCUGAAGGAGUUUGAAGGAGCGACUCUACGCUAUGCAUCCAUAAACCUGAAUUACAAUUGCUCCCAGUCUGAGGAAGAGGAGAAGCUCGCUCCACUCUGCACAGAUUUAGAAACUAAGUGUUUUGCGGUGCGUUCCCUGGGCUGGGUGGAGAUGUCUGAGGAGGACAUGGUACCCGGCAAGAGCAGCGUUGCUGUCAACAACUGCAUCCGGCAGCUUUCUUACCACAAACACAACCUUCAUGACACCGCCGGUAUCUGGGGAGAGGGUAAGGACAUGCUGAUGGUUCUGGAGAAUGACACCAUGAACCUGAUCGACCCGCUGGGUCAGACUCUGCUCCAUGCUCAGCCCAUCGGCAGCAUCCGUGUUUGGGGUGUUGGCAGAGACAACGGCAGGGAAAGGGAUUUUGCUUAUGUGGCUCGAGACAACCUGACUCAAGUUCUGAAGUGUCAUGUCUUCCGCUGUGACUCGCCUGCCAAGAACAUAGCCACCAGCCUACACGAGAUGUGCUCAAAGAUAAUGACGGAGAGGAAGGCGACCAAGCCCGGGGUGAGCCGGCUCAGCUCUGACGUGGUCAUCCCCAUCGAAGAGUUUCCUGCUCCGAAAAAUGAACUCUUCCACCGCUUCCAUGUUUAUUACCUUGGCUGUGAAGCUGUGGCCAAGCCAGUCGGUAUGGAAAUAAUCAACGACACGCUGGAGGCAGCAGUUAAAGGCAAAGAUAAAAGCGAAUGGACACCCGUCUCAGUGAACAUCGCACCGGCAACCCUCACGAUACUUUCAAAACAGAGUGAGGAGGUGCUGUCAGAGUGCAGGGUGCGCUUCCUGUCUUUCAUGGGUGUGGGGAAGGACGUCCACUCGUUCGCUUUCAUCAUGGCCGAGGGUCCCCAGGAUUACACCUGUCACAUGUUUUGGUGUGAGCCCAACGCAGCGAGUCUGAGUGAGGCUGUGCAGGCUGCCUGCAUGCUUCGUUACCAGAAAUGUUUGGAUGCGCGUCCGCCCAGCCUGGCCUCCUGCCUGCCCACUCCUCCUGCUGACUCGGUGGCUCGACGGGUCAAGAAGGGGGUGCAGAGUCUGCUGGGCAGCUUUAAGAGCUACAGGUCAGGCCCUCAGUCCCCUUGAGUCGGGAGUGAAGAUGGUCCACAGUCCAUCAAACACAAGGUCCAUCACCACGGCCCCCUUUCUCAAUGUCACUCCUCUCAUUACUCCACCACAGUUUGGCCUUACGACCGUUUCACUCGUCUAGUCACUAGUCUGGUGUGUGGAAUAGUUUGUGAGGAAAAUGUGUGAAAAGAUUGCGUUUAUUUCCCAUUUUGGCUUUUACUUUAUACACCGAUUUUAAACCCCCAUCUCCAAACAGAUGAAACCCUGGCCUCUAAUUUUCUUUUCGGUUUUCUUUGCUGGGAUUCUUUCUGUGAGUCUUAACUAUUUUUGUGUUUUAACAGAAACAAUGCUAUGAAUGUUGGAUAUGGAUGUAAUAUAUAUAUUUACAUGCAGACGCUAUAAUUUGCUUGAAACAGAGGUUGCUAGAUUCUCUCACAGAAAUGUUCCCCUUUUCCCUCCUCGGGUGCAAUGAUCAUCUCUCACACUCCUCCUUUUCUAUGUUUAAACAAAGUACUGCAGUCGGUGUCAAGUAUCCUUAUACUGAUUUAUCUAAAACGUCAUUUCACCUCUCUCUCUCUCUCUCUCUCUCGCUCCCUCUCCGCCCCCCCUUAGGUUGUAACAAGUUGUGUGUCCCAGACCCCCCCUCCCCAACGACGUAUUUUAGUCUUCCAAAGAAGUGUAUGGUCAUCUGCCGCGUAGUGAGCAACCACUGAUUUGAGUGUAGUGUGUUUCUCAUACAUUCUGCAUGAACAUUUGCAAGUUCAGUGCUAGUGUGCAAUAAUCAGAUGUCCCUGUGUGGUGGUGUGGUGAUGCGAUGGCUGCCUCGUGGUUUUAUUUGUUCACUUUAAUGCGAGAGAGAGAGAGUCUGGUUUUGGAUAUCGGAUGCGAGGCCGACGGAACAACAGAGCCAUGUUGAAAAUCAUGGAGAUCUUGUGAUAAGAAAUAAUCGUAACAAAAGAAACAAACUCUGGGUUUUCACACAGCCAUUUGUCACCCAACAACUACUGAAUAGUACUGUAGAAACUCACCACAAGCUGCAUGUUUUUGAGAGCUUAGAGUUCUGGUGUAGUGCUUAAGACCCAUCAGUGUAUCCUGUAAAUUCUUUCUCUGUGUUUCUGUGCAGUAAGAGGAGGCUGGAGUGUGUUGUUUCGUGUUUCAUAGGCAUGUCACUCUAGUUAGUGUCGGUGUGUAUCAUAAGCUAGCAGUAGAACGUUGGACUUCCUGUGAGUUCCUUCACACUGAAAAGAUUGAGAGCAGGUUAAUGUUUGUAUUUACAGUUUGUGUAUAUGCGAAACCUAGAGGAUUUCUCCACUGGUUUACAUUUUUACUUUUUUUCCCGGGCCACAUUUUGACAAGUGCGGGCCCUGGCGAGUCUACAGUUAAUGUAUUUUUUUUAUUGUUUCCGCACAUUACAGCGUACACAAUUAAGAUGAUAUUCACGUUAGUUCGUUAGAGUUGCUUUUUUAUAAAGAAAACACUAAUUAGCCAAGUUGUGUUUUAUCUUUGUGUGUCUGUCAGUGAUGAAUCCUGUGUGUAGCACAAUAGUAAUAGUCAUCUCUAAGGGUAAAGAUGCAGUUCGUAAGAUGUUUUUGGUAAUGUUGACCUCUGCAGGGCAUUUGUUUGGCCACGUUGAGACAUCGGUAGCUACUUGCUAGAUGUCCUCAGGCUAAGAUAAGAGAUGAAAAUAAGACAAACCCACGUCAGUCAAUUAAAUAACAUAAAAUAUUGUGAAAAUGAAUGUAUAGACAUGCAUUAAAAAAAAUGCAACUUUGUGUUUAAAAGACAAAAAUGAAUGAAACAGUGUGUCUAUGAUAUCAUGCUGAGACUUCGUGUCAGUCUGGUGCGUAAUGAUGCAGCUAUGGUCUAAAUUAAAGCAAUUUUUAGAUAAUUUUGAUUAAGUCUCAUUUACCUGCUGACAGCGGGGAACUGUUCACAACUUUUACAUUUUCUAGAUCUUUUUUUUCUUAAAAAAACCACUCCUAUUUGAUAUUAUUUUUAUAUUUAAAAGAAGUUUAAAUCAGAAGUUUCCUCAAAAGACGGUUGAAAGAAUAUCCAUGACGGAUUCCCAACAUUACAGAAGUGUAUUGUAAUGCAGUCUGCACUGUGGACUGAACGUAUUGUUGGAACUUGUCAACCAAUUGAAAUGAAUACAAUGCUUUGUGAUUAAUGGCCUCGCUUUAAAAAAAAAAAACAACCUUAUAUUCAUAGAUUCCUAUAGAUGUUUUUAACAUUUUAGAAGUUAUCACUAAAACUCUUACCAACUGCUUCUUUCUAUGUGUAAGAUAUAACACUAAUGAAAACUAGUCUACAUUGACUCAUAUUACUGCCAUGUCAUGUGUCACUUUGAAUUAUUUUUGCUGUGUCCAGUCAGUGGCAACAGUAAAGCCGGAUGAGUUAAAGAACAUAAGCAGAUUAAUUUAUUUCUGUUCAUGUAAAUUAGGUGUAUAAAAUGUAUGUAUAUAAAAGUCACUGCACAAUAAAUGUGAACAUAUCAUA